GGCACGUGCGUGCGCGAGAGCCGGUUUGUUUUGUUGUUGUUUACAAGAUACUCGUAAAAAGUCGCGUUGUAUCUCCUUUACUUUUUUCGCACAAUUUAACGGUGAAAAUCAUGAUAUCCAGACUUUCGGUGAGUUCGGUUUUCUCCAGUAGAACUCCCCAGCUUCAAACCAUCUGGAGAACAGUUGCCACAUCCACCGAGGCGACCCCGAAGGAACCCAAAAAGAAAGCCUCCACGCGCCUGAAAGACGAUCCCGCCCAGCAAGGAGUUACGUCCGCCCGGCUGGCCCGGGACCUAGAGGAAUACUUCGGACCCAGACAGUACGGCAAGAUCGUGGACACGUUCCCCUCGGCUCUGCUCAAACGCACGCAAACCGCCGAGAGGUUCUACUUUGCCGCGCCGCAACGAGCAAAGGCCCUUGCCAAAUGGAUCACAAACGGAUUGGAACCGGACCGACUUUUGGUGGAGGUCAAUCCCGGGAUGGGACUGCUGACCAAGGAACUGCUCAAGAAAACCGAUAAUCUUAUGCUGUACGAGACCGAGGAAGGGUUCGAAUCGGAACUGAACAAAUUGCUGGUUCCGGAGAAUCGGAAGGUGCAGUUGCGGUUUGCCGAUUUCAACAACUACUGGAGACACAGCUACGUGGACAGUUUGGAUCAGGGCGGUCGGGUAGAGAAGCUACUGGAAGGUUUACCGCGGGGGACGCGGUGGAAAGAUGAGGAGGUGAAUUUUCGGCUGUUUUCGGUGAUCGGGUCGUUGCAGUUCUUCAAAUCGCUGAUCAACUCGGUGGCCAACCAGAAGGGACUGUUCGGAUUGGGCAGGUGCGAAAUGGUGCUGGCCGUUCCGCCGCUGUUCUAUGUGCAUUUGACCUGUCGGAAGGACGCCGGCUACAAGCUGUACCGUAGCAGCAGUGUGCUUUUCCAAAUAUUCUUCGAGCACGAGUUCAUAGCAAAAAUUCCCCGCAAAGACUUUCUACCCUGGCCGUCGAUUCACAGCGCAAAGGGACGAAAUCAGACGCAGUACCGUCGCCUCGGAUUGGUAGGAACGGACGAACUCUAUCUGAUGCGCGUGGUUCCUCGGAGAGAUCUGUUCGACUAUUGCCUGCCGGACAAUCUGAGGCUUCUGGCGUUCUUCGUCACUCAGAAUAUGGUCAGCCGGAAGAAUCGGGUCAUACCUGCGUUGGAACGAUGGAUCCCCUUCAGCGGAGCUCGGUUAAUCCUGAACCAGAACUACACUGCCCCUUCCAAACCCGUUACGGGUGAGAAUCCCUCGGACUCGCCAACCUUCCAGCACACAUCGUCCCCACUGAGGGAGAACGACUUUCCCGAGCGGAUAACCAUCUUCACCGAGUUUGGCGAGCUGACGCCGUCGCAGAUUUUGACCAUUUUCAACGAAUUCAUCAGUUGGCCCGAGUUCCAACAGUCACCUUUUCUGCAGUCCAUGGAACAGCAUUACCACAAGCAAGUGUACGGGGGUAGGGUGGAUUCGACGAGGAUGGCCAUGGGAGGAAAGCUUGCUGGCUCAACGGGGGUGGUUAGUGGAGAAGAAGCCCUGGAAGACGACGAGGAGCAUCUUCUGGGGGUUGGUAGUGAUGAAACGGAUCCCAAAGACGCAGAGCGAACCCGGACGUGAUGUGUGGUGAGUGUGUUUUAAUUAUUAUUAUCUAGUUGUAUAAAGUUUAAAUGUUAGAGCAAAUUAAAGAACAA